AUGACUCAAGAUUCAGGAAAGAAGAUCGUUGCCGGUCCCAAACCUAUCAAGAACUCUCAUGGAGUCAAAUUUCUUGGUUUGAAGACUUCAUCUUCUACUUCAUCUAGGGUUACUCGUUCCUCUGCAAAAAUUGUCUCUCCAGAAUCGUCUGGACCUGCCAAGAGGACAAGGAGUAUGCGGAUCAAUCAUGUUGUCAAGCGUGGCACAGGGAAAGCAUCAAGUGUUCAUGACAUCUCAGAGGAUUCCAUUCCUGAUCCUCAGGUUGAUGAUAAUCAAGAAAGUGAUGCCCCCGAUGCUGAUGCAGAUCAAGUUAUCCACGAUGUCUUGGAGACUCUUGCAGAUGUUGCCACUGCAGAGGAUGUCAUGCCAAAUGUUGAAUCACAGGAUGAUCGUGAUUUUGAACCAAACUCUGCAGAAAAUCCUUGUGAGCCUGAUGCUGAGAAGGAAGAUGAUACUGAUGUUGCUAGUCAUGAAUCUUCAAGUGAGAAGACUCUCUCUGUUGAAAUUCCCCAUGAGAAGACUCCUGAACCUGUGUCUAGGAAGGGUCAGAAAAAAGUGUCUACUGCCUCUGAAGAAGAAAACUCGGAUGAUCAAGAAGUACACAAGAAAGUCAUUGCCUCUGCCUGUAAGGAGGCCACAGUCUCUACAAGUAAGAAUGUUACAGGUCUGAAAGAAAAGAAGAAGAAGGUUUCUGGUACGCAGACUCCCAAAACUCCAAAAACAUCUCAGGUCUCAGUUCCUGAGAAGAAGAAAAAGAAGGAAAAGAAAGAUGAGAAGGUUGCCGCAUCUACUGGAAGGAAGAGGAAACAUGUUGCUGAAACUGACUCUGAACCAGAUGUCGAGCCCGAUGUCCCUGACAUCUCCACCUCUGCCAAGAAAAGAAUUAAGGGGAAGAGAAUUCCUUUGAAUGUUCCAGAGGCACCCAUUGACAAUGUAUCUUUCCACUUUGCUAGUUCUGCACAAAGUUGGAAGUUUGUUGUUCGGAGAAGGUUAGCCAUAGAAAGGGAACUCCAUGAAGAUGCUUUGGAACUUAAAGAGAUCAUGGAUAUGUUGGCUGAUGCAGGUUUGAUGAAGACUGUCAAGAACAUUGGCAGAUGCUUCUCUCAAUUAGUUAGGGAAUUCAUUGUGAAUAUCCCUACUGACUGUGAUGAUGAGAGUAACUCUGAGUUCAGGAAGGUCUAUGUCAGAGGAAAGUGUGUAAAUUUCUCUCCUGAAGUUGUUAAUCAUUUUUUGGGAAGAAGCCCGGUUGCUGGAACUGAUGAAGAACCUGAGUUGAAUAGGGUUGCUAAGACCCUGAUUGGCAAGAUGGUCAAGAAGUGGCCAAAGAAAGGAUUGCUUCCCUCUGGGAAGUUAACUACCAAGUAUGCUGUCCUUUUCAAGAUUGGCUGUGCAAAUUGGAUGGCCACCAAUCACUUAUCUGGUGUAACUCCUCCCCUUGCCCGAAUGCUCUAUCUGAUUGGUACUGAUGGUGAGUUUGAUUUUGGCAAACUUGUUUUUUACCAGACUCUGAAGCAUGCAGGUUCUUAUGCUGUGAGACUGCCAAUUCUGUUUCCAUGCCUCUUGUCUGAACUAAUUGUCAAACAACAUCCUCAUGUUGUGAGGGCUGAUGAACCACAAGGUAAGAGACCUUUGCCUCCCAAGUUUGAUUAUCGCUUGUUUGCUGUGACACAUGUUCCAGACAUUGUGUUAUCUGCAGCAAAGGGUUCUGCUAGUACCAGUGGUACUCAGAGAGUUGGUUCAAGCAAAGAUGAUAUUUUGGCUGAAUUGAGGGCUGUCUCCAAGUCCUUGGAUGACACUAUUCAGGCUUGCAAGAUUAGGAAGCUGAAUGUGGACAAGCUCAUCAAGGCCAUGACAUAG